CGGGCCGGCGGGCGGACCGGGCCGGGGUUGGAGAAGUUUGCGCGGCGGCUCGAGAGCGCAGGGUGCGGGCCCCGCCGGCCGCUGCGCGCCCGCUGCCAUGGCUUUCCGCAGGAGGACGAAAAGUUACCCGCUCUUCAGCCAGGAGUUCGUCAUCCACAACCAUGCGGACAUCGGCUUCUGCUUGGUGCUCUGCGUCCUCAUCGGGCUUAUGUUCGAGGUCACCGCCAAGACUGCCUUCCUAUUUAUUUUACCUCAGUAUAAUGUUAGCGUGCCUACAGCAGAUAGUGAGACCGUUCACUACCACUAUGGGCCCAAGGACCUGGUCACCAUCUUGUUCUACGUCUUCAUCACCAUCAUCCUGCAUGCUGUGGUUCAGGAGUACAUUUUAGACAAAAUCAGCAAACGGCUUCACCUCUCCAAGGUCAAACACAGCAAGUUCAACGAAUCUGGGCAGCUGGUCAUCUUUCAUCUCAGCUCGGUGGUAUGGUGCUUCUACGUGGUGGUGACGGAAGGAUAUUUAACAAACCCAAGAAGCCUCUGGGAAGACUACCCACAUGUGUGCCUCCCCUUCCAGGUGAAGUUUUUCUACCUGUGUCAGCUGGCCUACUGGCUGCACGCACUUCCUGAGCUGUACUUCCAGAAGGUACGGAAGGAGGAAAUCCCCCGUCAGCUGCAGUACAUUUGUCUGUACUUGGCCCACAUAGCUGGAGCAUACCUCUUAAACCUGAGCCGCCUGGGCCUCAUCUUGCUGCUGCUGCAGUACUGCACCGAGUUCCUCUUCCACAUGGCUCGACUCUUCUACUUCGCAGACGAGAACAACGAGAAGCUGUUUAAUGCCUGGGCUGCUGUAUUUGGGGUCACCCGCCUCUUCAGCCUCACCCUCGCUGUGCUGGCCAUCGGCUUUGGACUGGCUCGCAUGGAAAACCAGGCCUUUGACCCCGAGAAAGGGAACUUCAACACCUUACUUUGCAGGCUCUGCAUGCUGCUGCUGGUGUGUGCUGCCCAGGCCUGGCUCAUGUGGCGCUUCAUCCACUCCCAGCUGCGGCACUGGCGGGAGUACUGGAACGAGCAGAGUGCCAAGCGGAGAGUCCCAGCUGCCCCCAGACUGCCAGCCAGGCUCAUCAAGAGGGAGUCUGGUUACCAUGAAAACGGAGUGGUGAAAGCAGAAAAUGGCACCUCCCCACGGACUAAGAAACUCAAGUCUCCUUGAGGGCAAAGUGCUGGAACAGGGAUCCUCUUGUGGGGGCCCAGCAGGGAGGGGGGGAGCCCGGCCCCCAACACUGCCUAACCCCUCCUAGUCCUGUUGCUGCCUCUCAAGCAGCAGGAACCUGUCUCUGAACAGGGCUUUUCCUCUUUCUUACUUCUUGGCUUUCUCUUCUUACUCUUCCAUAAACCAUUCUCAAUAAAACCAAAACUCUUCUUCUUUCUCUCCCUCAAGCCACUUCAUGUCCUCACCUCUGCGCUGUGUUGGGUUUUCUAGAAGCCCAGGCUCUCAUGGUUCUGUGUUGACUGGCCUCCUCUUUCUCUUCCUUCAUGGCUGCUUCCUUUGACUUUUCACCAUAUUGUGCAAUUUUUCUGUCUGAUUUUUACGAGAGGGAGCUCAAAUUGCAGUCCUGGCCAUCCGACACCCAGCAUCAGUCCCCAGGACCUGUCAGAGUCAGACGCCUCGUGCCCCGGAGCCUCUGCCCGGGGCUGCUUGCAGGCCCCUGGGGGGCCCCCCCAUGUUCGGGUGAGGAGAGGAGAGACCAGUCCUCUUGGAUCAUCAUCUCCAGGUGCUGAUUAACUGAGAUGUAUGAUUCCAGUUCCGCACACACCAUCUGGAGGCCCGGCAGCGCCACUGCUACUUGGAAAUGCCACAGCGUUUGGCUGUGGGGCAUGGCGACCUGGGCCAGAAAGGUGGUGGUAACUGUGUUGGGUCCCGUGACUCAAGACCGCUUCCCAGUGGCCGGUCCCGCACGGAGGCCAGUUGGCCCUCGCUCUGCCGGGGAGGUGCUGAAGGAGGACAAGUCUUCCCACCCACUAGAGCAGGAACAGAGCAACAGGCCUUUCUGGAAAGGUAACGGUGGCAGAGAUGAUGGAGUGGGAGCCCUAGGCCGUUCUUCAGCCCCAGCCCCAGCCCCAGCCCCAGCCCCAGCCGCUUUUUCAACCGUUCACCAGCAUUCAAAACCCCACCCAACCACAGUUACCAGAGCGGCCCGGCGGAUGCUGGCCCAAAGCCCAGAGCCAGGUGGCCCGGUGAGGGGCUGGCCUUGCUGCCUGACUUGUCUCUCCCGCUGCAGGAACACCAAGCCCCCCACUGGCCCCCUGGUGCCACAGGGAGGUCGCUGGGCUGCUCACCCUCUGGCUCAUCUGUUGAGUGUCUCUGUCGUCGUCAUCCUGUGAUAUUUGAGCACACCUGCAACAUUUUAGACCGUAUGAAAGCGGGACUCAGAAUGAUCUGCAGGGUAGAUGAGCAGACACCUGUGCCAAGGGGAGGCUUCCGCCUUACCCUCCCCUCUUCCUUCCCUCUGUUCCACCCAAAGACAAGGCCUCCAAGUCCAUACGGGGCCUGGGGAGGACUUCCAGAAGGGGUUAGGCUUAGUCCUAAUUAGGAACUCUUGAACUCUGUGCUGAGGUGUGGGGAGCAGGUCUUGGUGGGCGUAGAAAUGUCAGUUGAGGUGCUGGUCCUCUUUCUGACCUCAUAGAAGCCAAACCUUGGAUUAUUAUCCUAAAAAGGGGGAGAUGGGCCUUUUCAUCAGGGCAACUCCUCUCCUCCAUGUCACUUGCAUCAGAGAUUGAAUUUUCCAGUGACUGAGGGAUUUGUACCCAAACACCACUGUAGACCCUCCUCUCUCUGUCCAGGCUAAGGCUAUAGAAAUGGGAAGAUCUGCCCUUGGCGUCUGAUUACCCUUAGGAAGCAGGACGGCCUUUUUGGAGAUCUGCAUCUCUCCCAUCCUUCCCUGACACUUUUCUGGGCUGCAGAGCAGAAACGUUGCUAGGAUCAUGGCUUGGUACCAACCCAGCAGACCUGAGCCAGGACCCCUUAACUAUUUGGCCCAAUACCCCUGCCCAGGCUGUGGUUUCGUUCAAGCUCCCCACCUUGCCUGGUGAGGGAAGGGCGUUCAGCCAGCAGCCUCCAAAGCUGCCCCAUGAGCCUCCCCGCUCAGCCCAGCCCUCCCCUCCCCUUGGCCAUGUCCCGGGCAGUGUUCUGUUCCCUGCAAGGGGCCGCUCCCUCAGGUGAGCCCCAGCUCAACUUUGGCGGGUACGCUGUGACCUGCAGGCCGAGAGACAGGGCGAGCAGCUCAAGGCCUGCAUCAGGCAGCCUCCCUUCUCACGGCCAUAGGUCUAGGUGUUUGUUGCCAGAGGCCACCUGGCUCUGUGUUCCCGAAGUGUCCUGCAAGCUUCUGGCGCUGGGGCAGGUGUGAUUCAGAGGUGGUACUGCUGCCCCAGGGACUGGGGCUCUGUUUCUUAAAGGAUAGGGUGUGUGCAGGGAUGAGGGUUAGUAAGAUUUUUUUUCUGCCGUGUCAACACCCCUGAGACCAUGAGUAAGGCUAGCGUGUCACCAGCUGGGCCUUAGGAAGGAUCGGAGGGGAAGGGGGGAUAUCAGUAAUUGGAGGGAGCUUUGUCACCCUUCUGGCAUCCCGGCCACAUUUAUCUCUGAGCAGAGCCCAGGCUUUGGCAGGCUGGCGCAGCAGGGUGCCAGGGGCCCAAAUAACCCCAUCGCAUCCUGUGAGCUUGUUGUGCUGGCUUGUCCUGAUUUGGCCACCUUGGCUGUCGUCUUCAGUCUUAAACUCGUGCUCUCCUGUUCCCAAAGUGCCGAGCCAUCCGUGAGGGCCCUGUCGGAUAGCUCUGAGAUGCUAAUCUACCUCAGCAACAGCCGCCUCUCUCUAAACAUCCCUGACCGGCACAGGCUCGGGGGGAGGCCGAGCAGGUGGCCGUGGCAGGACAGACAGGCUGUGUGGUGUGGGGGGAGGACCUGGGGCUGCUGAGGUUCAGUGGUGGGAAAGCUAUUUUUACCAUCAGGCUCUGAUAGCUGCACUAUUAAUAAGUUACAUGUGUUCUUUUUGAAGGUAGGGGAAGGUUUGAGAGGAAAGAGGGAGCAGGCAGGGCCAGGAGGGGAGCUGCUUCUCCCCCAUUCUAACCGUGUGUGUGCGCGCCACCAGACCUAAAUUGUUGCCGAGAACCUUUUGUGUUUCUGUCUCAAGGCAGCGCUUGAAUUUCGGAAACCAAAAUAGACCUUGUGCUCUGGCCACCUUUGCAGAUGCCGCUCUUGACUGGAAUCCCUUGGCCUCCAGAGACCCCUGAAGCCUGGCUUCAGUGUUCUUUCAGGGGAGUGUGCGUCUGGGUUUUCCUUUAGGGACCUCCUUCCUCCGUACCCUUUCACUUUUUUCCUAAAUGGUGAGGGAGAGGAAGAGGCAGAGAGUACACCCCCUCCCAAGAUUCCACAAGAGAAAAUUCUGUUCCCUGGAUGCCUUUUUAAGUUUUCAGUGGCUUGCCAGGUCCCCUGUGGCUCGGGAAGGUUUGGUUUGGAUAUCUUGCACAGGUUUCAGCCUUCCCAGUCGGGUUUUCCUCCCCUGCUGACCCAAGCGAACAGACUUCGUUGGCGAAUGUUGUUGCCGCCCUCUGCUCUUCCCUGCUGGAGGCGGGACAACAGAGUGGUCUUUCUUCCCUCCCGCUGCCUCCCCUGCCUGCAGCCCUGCUCCUCCGAAGGGACUCUGGGUACAACUGGGGAAGCGGAUCAUUGUCCGAGCGUGUGAAACUUCCGUGGGACCCCUCUCCGGCCCCCGCUGGCCCAGGAAGCAGCCUUCACCCUCUUGCUUUUCUCUGGUUCCCACCGGCCUAGUUUACCUGCUGCUCCUCGUCUGCUGCCUCCCCUGCGGCCCGCUCCCUCUUGUUCUAGAGGUCUCAGAAAAGCACUGGGACUGCUGUGUUCCGUGCUGACCCUGUGCUCGGCGACCCAAGAGUGCUUGUCCCAAGCGGGCCCUCCUCCUCUUUGUGUACGAAGUGCCUUACUUGCCGUGGGGCCUCCCAGCCCCCGCGCGUGCUGUGUGGCCAACCCCACCGGGCAGGCCUCUGGGGCGGGUUGUCCUCUGCAGCCAAGGACACUGGACCCCGGUACAUUCCAUGUAAAAGGGACACGGAUUGGGAGUUUGGCCUCAUUUGUCUCCGUCCCCGCCCCCCAUGGUGGUGGGGUUCAUGGUAUGUUCUAGGUUUUGUUUUGGCCCACACGGGUGGCUGCAGAAGCCUUGAGGGCCCGGCCGCAGGCACCUGCACGUCCUACCUGUGGAGGGAAGCCCAGGGGCCUCCGGGGGCACAAGCCCCCUCUCGGCCAGUCCUCCCAGUGCGCCUCCUCCCCAUUAAAAAGAACAGUAGCCUGGCUCUAACUUCUUCCAAUCUUUUUUGCCUCCUAUUCAACCCACAGUUGGUAAGAUCAAGGUGUUUACUUUUACUUCCCAGUCACAAGUGUUUGCUCCCAGACCCCAGUCUGACGGUGGGUCUGGUUUGGUCGUUGCAGAGUUUCUCGGCGCUCCUAACUCAGUGUUACCUAUGUUAGCAGCCGCAGCUGCCCGCCACCCCCUUGCUCCUCCGGGUUGUGCAAUAACUCCCCCAGCCCGUGGUCUUCCACAGGCCCUGCUGUCCCUAAGUAACCUGCAGCCGGGAAGGGAAGGGGCCCGUGGGAGGGGGGGUCGUCCUCCCCUACCGAAGAAACGUGCGCUACUUUCCCUUCAUCGCGGUCAUCUCUCCAUCCUGAGUGGGUUUCAGUGGCACUCUCCUAGAACAGUGUAGCAUCGCCUUAGAAGGCCGUAGAUUUUUCUUAAAUCAGUUGAAAAGGAAAAAAAAAAACAUUCUUAUGAUGGGGCAUUAAAUAAAUCCGUGUCUGGGAAUAAGAUCUCUUGGGACACCUGAGAUGUCACCGUCACUCUAAGAGCAUUCUAGAGUUUCUUGUUCGUGUGGAGAGGAAGGAGGUGGUUCUGAGGGGCAGCCAUGCGUGCACUGUUCACUGACAGGGGCUGGCUGGGGCUGAAAGCUCCGCUGUGUCCUUGGGUACGGAUUCGAGUGUUCAUGUGAGGAGACCCCCACACCUCAUUUUUCAGUUCUUUUGUUCAGUAAACACCUGAAGGAUGAGCUGAGGCUGCUGGUGCCGUGAGCAACUCAUAAUGCAAAUGUGGACAAGUCUUGUUUUUCUAUUUUAGCCUGUUCAUGUCAUGGACCAAAUUUCAACUAGGAACUCAAGGAAAAUUUGUACCUGCCGUAUUUAUGCUUUCAUGUAAAAGGUGGGGUUUUUUUGGGCGGGGGUGGGGGGGUCUUUUUACUUUCAAUGAACUUUUUUCAAAAGCCUUUUCCACUGUUUCUGUCUGGUUUUAAAACAAAUUACAGUUUUGUAUGGAUUUUUUUAAUGUACAUUUUGAAACAAAUCAAAUAUUUUUGAAAUAACUGAAUAAAAGGCAUAGAAUUAU